AUGGGUCUCCUGACUCGCCUCCUGACCGCGCGCAGCUCCCCCGUUCUCCUUCGACUUCCCCCCUACCUCUCUGCCCUAUGCAUCAUCGCAGGCGCUGCAUGGCUUCUCGUCCUCCCUCUAGAAGGAAACCCACGAGCGACGUACAUAUCUGAAAACGCCAUUCUACCCGGCCAAGUUCACACCUACUUCGGCGGCAGCGAGCACAAUGUCUUUCGCGCGUAUCGGCAAGAGGUGUGGCAGCUCUCGCAACGGUCAGAUCAUGACAGAAUAGCGGGCUUGGAGCAAAUUCUUCAGGAGAACGGCCUCAAGGCCGCUGCACAACCGUACAGCUGGCAGGUUGCUGGCGAAGAGAUUGCAGGCACCAACGUGUACGGCCUCAUUCAAGGACCGCGAGCCGAUGCCACCGAAGCCAUGGUGCUGAUUGCAGCGUGGCGCAAUUUCGCUGGCGACAUCAAUUACUCUGGAGUCGCAUUGGUCUUGACUCUGGCGCGAUAUUUGAAACGUUGGAGUAUUUGGAGCAAAGAUAUUGUCGUUCUCAUUCCCGACGACAGCACCUACGGGCCAGAGGCUUGGGUGUCCGCAUACCACAGCACCACGUCGACUGUCACAUCCACCCGCAACAUCACCUCGCUUCCCAUCAAAGCAGGCGCGCUCCAGGGAGCAGUGGCGAUCGACUACCCCGCCGGCCCAUGGGGGCAAAGAUUCGAGAAGAUUGAUGUGGUAUACGACGGCAUCAACGGCGCGCUGCCCAACCUCGAUCUCCUCAACACUGCGAUCAAUAUCGCCAAUAACCAGAUGGGCGUCGAGUCUACCCUUCACAACGUCCCCAACCACCAGGACAACUACCUCGACCGACUGACGAUGCUCACAAAGGGCCUCAUCACGCAAUCAGUUGGCCAUGCGACAGGACCUCACUCCGCCUUCAUGCCAUACCAUAUCGACGCCAUCACGCUCCGGACUGUAGGUGAUGGUUGGCAUGAUGAGAUGACGCUAGGAAGAACCGCCGAGAGCAUGAUCAGGAGCAUCAACAACUUGCUCGAGCACUUACAUCAGAGCUUCUUCUUCUACGUCCUGCUCGGCCCGUAUAGCUUUGUGAGCAUCGGGAACUACCUGCCUGCAGCUGUGAUUGUCGCAGGAGGACUGACCGUCACGGCAUUGGCCAUGUGGAUCCGGAGCGGCAAAGCAGCGCCAUCUCCAGCACCGGGCAAGAAGCAAGUCCCGGAGAAGUUGGAGGUCCUCACGGACGGAGACGUAGUAGCUGUGGUACCCAAAUCGGAGCUAGAAACACACGAGCGCAAGAUGUUCCUCCCUGCACUGAUCCUGGUGGGCGUGCAUCUUGGCGGAUUCGUCCCGCUAUACUUACUGAACAACAUUUCGGCGCCGAACCUCCCUCUCACCUUCUACAACAUCUCAGCCGUCACGCUCAUCCUCCCCCUCUACCUCGCCACCCACAUCGCACGCCACACGUCCCCGCAACAACUCCAAACCCUGCAAUCCUUCUCCCUCCUCCUCCUCGGCGCAACACUCUCCACCCUCGCCACGCUAAACUUCAGCCUCGCCUUCCUCGUCGGCCUCCUCUGCUCGCCCCUAAGUUUCGCACGACCACUGCCGCGCCUGCCACUCCUGCAAUUCCCCACCAAAGCAACACCAACAACACCCAAACCGACCACUGACCCCGUCGCCGCGAGACUCGCAAUCUCCCUCCCGGCCAUCCUCCUCUACAUCGCCAUCUCCCCGCCCGCCGUCCUCCUUGCCCUCAACGCCUACUUCGGCAAGCCGCUGGCGUGGACGCUGCUAGAGAUGGCCAAAGGCUGGUGCGCGCAAGGCGUGUGGACGAGUCUCGUCAUCUGGGCCGUGUGGUGGCCGGCGUGGGUGGUGGGCGGGACAGUGAUGCUGAGCGGGACGUUUAGAGCGGCGUGA